AUGAGUUCGUCAGACUCCAAUUCGUUCUCUAACCUUUCUACGCCGUCAAAUUCUUUGCCGACAAGUAAUUCUCACCGGGAAUCUUUGAUAUUUGAUGAAUAUUCUGGCUAUUCGGGUCCCUGCCCAGCAUGUAACGAACAUAUGAAUUCAAUUGAUCAACUCAACCGUCAUUUGGACGACAUGCAUACGGAUACUUCUAUAGACCAGAAAGAUGGCAUAAUUAAUUGGUUUAAAAAUGCUCAAAGCAACAUUAUGAAGCCACUUUCAAAAACGAGAUUGAACAAUAUCUCCAACCUUCCGCAAUUCGCCAUGAAUAAAUUUAAUGAGAUUGAUAACGGAUUAGACCAAAAUUCAGAAUUAGUAACAAAAGCUCAUUGGAAAAAAGAUGGUGAAAAUAUCGUAUGCUCGAAUUCUACUUGUGAUAAGUCAUUGAAUAUUAGAAACGGCAAACACAAUUGUCGAAAGCAAGCACAGCAUGAUCCUGUCAAUGGAUAUUGGUGCAGAGUAUGCAAUAAUUGUUUUAUUUCUCGAGAGGGUUAUUUAGAUACUGAAGGUGUUAUAAGAAGUCAUACAUCAGCAUUCGUUGAAUUUCGAAAGAAGGGGAUUGAAAGAACACAUUUAGAAGGGAAUCGGCUUGAGAAGCGCCUGGAAAAGCUUGCAAAAGUGUACGCUUUGCAGGUCAAACAGGUUAAUUCUACACAAGGAGGAUUGACUCCUCCUUUGACUGCAAAACAUCGAAGAAGAGCUUCCGAGCAGUCAAUUGUUAAAUGGGAGGAUGAUGCGUCUGUGACAAAUUGCCCGCUGUGUGGAACGUCAUUUGGCAUGAUAACCAACCGCAAACAUCAUUGUCGCCUAUGUGGACGCGUUGUUUGUGAAAAAUGCUCAUCGAAAAUUUCUUUGAACCUACAUAAUUCAGAAGUAGCAGAUCAAGAAUCUGUCGGCAAAAUUCGCUCCUGUAAAGAGUGUCGCACUGCUGUGUUUAGGCGAAAAGAUUAUAAUGAAGAAAUGGCAAGGACACCUCCAGUUGUUGCGUUAUAUCAGCAAUUAAUGAAAGUCAGAUCUACUAUUGACUCUACAUUGCCUAAAUUUCAAGACAUGCUUAAUAUGUUAAAUAGACAGGAGAUAGUUAAUCAAACACAUGCGGAUUAUCAAGUAGCGGCACGAACGCGAAAAGAAUUAUUGGAAAAUUUUGCACAAUUCGACAUGAUUAGCAAAAAAAUUAAUUCGCUACUUACUUAUUCUGAAUCUGAAAAACGUCUGCAAUCUAAUAUUCACCUCGCUGCUAAUCAAUAUUUACAACAAAGCAUGCUGCCACUUUCAGUAUUACCUAGGAUUUUCAAAAAAGACCAAAAUCAACAAACUAAAGAUCAACAAAUCGAUGACGAUGAUGAUGUCGUACUUGCUUUUGCUAAUGGUAGACCUAGAUCACUUUCAAUGUCUUCUACAAAAUCUGUAAAAGAAGAAAAACAACUUCGCCAACAGUUAGAAGCAUUUUUGGAACAAGAGAAAAAUUUAGAAGUGUUUAUUCAAGAGGCUACUAGAAAAAGAAAAUUUGAUGAUCUGAAAACAUUAAAAAUUUCUUUAGAUGAAAUAAGAAUGGAAAUUACAAAGAAAAAGUCAGAACUUGGUGAUUUAUGGCCUUGA